AUGGAAGCACCCCUUAAACCGCACCUUCAUGCGUGUCAUACACCAACUACCACAGAAUAUAUAAAGACGCCAGAAUGGGUCAAUUACGGCCGCUUCGACGAAAACCGGAAGUGUACCACCAACCUACUACGCCGCCCCUUUACUCCGCCGCAGGAGCAGAAAGAAUAUCCCCACAAGCACCAGCACCGCAAACCCACCCAACGCGAUCCCGACAAUAGCGCCCGUCCCCAGACCACCCCUGGUAUAUUACCCCUGGAUAUAGAAUGGACUAUCUACACCGCUGUCCAGUUCUUCAUCCAAGCAGGUCCGGAUGGUGGGGCGCGGGGUACUUGUGGUUCUGCAAAGUACCUUAGUUGCAAUACCCUAGCGAAUAGUCGGUUCCGAGAUGGCAAAUAUUCGAUGUCCUUUGAGCCUCAGUCACAACCAUCAGGAGAAAAUAAGUCCAUGGUCCUGGCUAGUGCGAGACCAAUCAGACAGAAAGCCUACAGCCAACAUCCACCACACAGCAUUGCGCCCUUGGCAUGCAUCCACCUGAACCACAUCUGA